CUGGUUUCUAUUACACUCAUCCCUUGCAAGACAGUUCAAUAAUUGGCAUGCGAUUAAGUUUCUAUUACAGUCAUUUACCAACCGGGGCUUUGUAUUAUUAUGGUAAUCUUCAGGAAACCUUGUUCCGGAUAUAAACUGAAGGAGAUGAAUGGCAGCAACAUUUUUCUUGCUGACAGCGAGAAUGGCGACAUGGAUUCUGGAGCUGUAAAUGGCAAUGUAAACAACAGAACUUCUGUCCGUAUUGUUCAGCAAACUGCAAAUGGAAUCAGCCAGAUUUCAUUCAGCACUGAAGAAAGAAUUUCGCCGAAAAAGCCAACUACUAUACCGGAGGUGGCAAAACAACGUGAAUUGAGUGGAACUCUUGAGAGUGAAUCUGAUCUGAAAGCCACAAAGCACCUGUCUGAUGCAAAGUGCAAGGAGCUUAGUGGGCAUGACAUAUUCGCUCCACCUUCCGAAGCACCACCACUGUCGUUGACCGCUGCCCGCUCCAUUGAAUCAAAAGAAAGCAAAUUCAUGGGAGAGCCCACCCCGCGUAAUGUCCGCACUUCGGUCAAAGUUUCAAAUCCUGCUGGGGGCCAAAGCAAUAUCAUGUUUGGGGACGAACCGGUGGUGGAAGCAACAAAGAAAAUUCAUAACCAGAAGUUUGCAGAGCUGACAGGGAACGGCAUCUUCAAGGGAGAUGUUCCCCCGGGGUCUGCCGAGAAGCAUCUUAGCAGAGCAAAGCUGAAGGAGAUGAGUGGCAGUGACAUAUUUGCCGACGGGAAGGUUCAAUCCCGCGAUUACUUUGCUGGGGUCCGCAAGCCGCCAGGCGGUGAGAGUAGCAUUGCACUUGUUUAACCUCCAAUCAAUGGUCUCAUCAUCAAGCUGGUUUAUUAAGGUUUUAUGUCAAGUUAUUUUGAUUUAUGUUCACACUACCACCCUUCCUGAUGGGUUCAUGUUAAUUAGGGAUGCGUGAGCCGUGGUGUGAUGACAAUCCCAAGGAUUUGAGUAGUGUUGGUAUUUUGGGAGUGUUGGUUAAACUAGUUUAGGUUCCAUUGGCCCCUGUUUGUUUGCGUUUGUGUGUGUUUACUCUAAUAUGUUAGUGUCACCUAUGCUUGAUUGAACAUAACGAUCACAUUGUGAAGAAUGCGGUGGGCAAAGGUUCUUUUGACCAAGCCAAAAAUGACUAGAGAAUGAUCCGGACAUUUUGGGCCACUAUGGUGUUACGUUAGUAAAAUUAGUGGUUUCUA